AUCGAAUAUUUUUUACAGCUACCAUUUCUUGAUUUAUUGGAGAAUAGUUAUAAAUGCUUCAUUAAGCGAUUUGUUUAUAAAUUGUUUGCCUUUUUACUAUUCUUAAAUUCAAGAUUUGUGUUUGCUAAAGUGUAUGGUACAGGACGGUAUAAUGGAGCUGCAUAUUAAAAACGUUAAAAUUGAGUCUAGUGAUUUAAAAACAUGCGGGGAAAUUGCUAUAUUGUUGUCACCGGAGAAAUCAGAAUUUUUCCUAAACUGCGGUUUUUGCGAAUAUACAUUUCUUCAAAUGGAAAACUUCAUCCAACAUAUGUACGAGGACCACAUUUGUGAGUUUUCUCCACCUGAACUAAAGCAGGAACCAUGCGAAGUGAAAGACUAUGUGGACGAAGAGGAUGCUGCUCAGGAAAAUUACGAAGAUGAAUUCGUGUUAAAAGACUUUGAAAGAGUUGAAAUCGAAUUAGAUACAGCCGAAAUAGACACUUCGCUAGAUAUUAAAGAAGAUAUAUCAGAGGAGUUUUUCGACCAAGAAAACCAACAAUCCGAUAAAGUAGAUGCUUCGAAAAAAGUGAGUGAAACGAAUUUGCGACAUAGAAAGAAAUGUGAAAUAAAAGAGGAAAAGAAAUUCGACAAUAGAGAUGGUCCCGGUGACUCUGAUCUUCUUAUUGAAAUUGGAGAGACAAAAAGGAUUUCAGAAACUGUUUACGAUAGACAGCGCGCACACCGAAGCAGUUAUAAUCUAGAUGAGACUCAGGACACCAAUAAUUAUGAGGAUUCUGAUGAGGCUUAUAUGCAAAAAGAUGAUGAGAUUGAUGGUGUCUCAAAAAUAGAUUCACAGCGCACUAACAGUAAUCGUAAGGGUCUAAAAGAAGCUGGUGAGACAGAAAUGAUCUCAGGAAUCGGUCGCAUUGUGCCACAUCCACCUCAUAGGAAUUCAAAUGAGUUCAAUGAGAAGCAACAGACCAACAAUUUUGAGGGACCUAAUGCCGAUGAUGUGAGAAAAGAAGUUCUUGAAACCGAAAGUGCCCCCGAAUUUGCUGCUCGUAAUAAGACUCAAGGCAAAUCCAAACCGGAAAACAAGAAAGUCACAACAACGGACAGUCUGUUGGAUGAUAGGCAAUGCAUAAUUUUGGCUGAAAUUUAUAAGUCGCAUCCUUGCCUUUGGAAUGAAAAUGACAUCGCUUAUAGGUUCGGAAAUAGACGCAACGAAGCAUUAGAAGCUGUUUACACGGAAUUCAAUGCCAAAACUGGAUUAAACCUGGCACAUCUUGAUUUGGAGAAGGAAGUUUUUCGUUUGCGAAAAAUCUGUUCAAAUGAGAAGAAAAUGAAAAUCGCGUGCAAACUGAAUAAAUUAGUUUAUAAUACAGCUUGUACUUAUUACGAUGACAUUGCAUUCCUCGAGGUCGACGUUCCGCCUUUUGAGUGCUCAAUAUGUGAAAAAUUGUUACCUGGUUUAGGUCAACUUAAAGUGCAUUUAGCUUCUCACGAUGGUUCGCUACCAUUUAAGUGCCCUAUCUGUGGACAUGGAUUCCAGAUAGGGUCCAAUUUAACAGUUCAUCUACGAAGGCACGCUCAAGACUACAUGUAUAAUUGCGAAGUGUGUAAUAAACCUUGCGCUACAUCAACUGAGAGAAAAAUCCAUAUGCGUUCACACACAGGCGAAAAACCUUUUGUUUGUUAUAUGUGUGGUAAAAAGCUUUUGACAUCAUCUCAUUUGUUAUUACACACAAUGCGACAUGAAAAACGAACCCGUCAUAAGUGUAAAUUUUGUUCGAAAACGUUCUAUGAAACAGGCACAUUAAAAGAACACCUUUUGGUACACAACAAAUUGCGAGACAAUAUCUGCAAUGUUUGCGGCAAAGGAUUUAAAAGUAAAAAGCAACUGGGACAACACAAACUUAUCCAUGAUGCAGACAAAAAAUAUGUAUGCAAAAUAUGUGGAAAACGUUUUGCGCAAUCCGCCGGCCUUUGCGGACACAUGAGAUCACACGGUCCCAAGUAGUCUACGUAAAGCACCUAAAGCACAAGUAAAAGUAAAAUUCCUACUGAAGAUAAGGGUUGCAUACACUCUGAAGUAUUUUUGAAUGCUCAACUCAAUUUAUGUGUACAAUAAAUAAAUUUAAUAAGUUUAUCAUAGCUUAUUCAUAUUAGGCAAAGUGUCGAUAAGGCACUUUUCUUAUUAAGUCGUAAGAAAUAAAUUGCUUAUAAACGUACUACAUAAAACCUUGACUUUCUCCGAUCAUAGCUAGUUGUUUUUGUUGUUGUAGCAGCUUGCAAAAUCCUGCAAGAGCAAUGUAGUUUCCGGUCGUCUUCGUCUAGUUGAUCUAACGGCAGGCCCAGGAAACUGGAGAGGGAUGUUAGGUGAACAGGUGAAAAUGUAGUUAGUGCGGGGUGCUUCACAUACUGGACAAAUGUUUUUUUGGUAUGAACGUAAUUGUGCCAAAGUUACGCGGGUAUCCCGUGGUGGCUGGUGCUCUUCAGCUGCUGUGAAUGGUAAUUGGAAGAGGAAGAUGAUGAGUGUCUCUCGAUGAAUGCCAUUGAGCGUAUGUCUAAGCCCUGAUUGGUCCAGUAGUUGUCAGUUCGUUUUAUCCUGGAUGUCUCCCCAGUAAACUAGCCCUGUCUAGAGCAUAGAUAGCACUUGUUUAUGGACGAAUUUCGUGAUUUGACAAAUGAAUGCAAAUUUAUUGCGUUGAAAAAUAAGUUUAAUAGUUGUUUUGAUUUUGUACAUAUACAGGCAAGAACAAUUUUUGCGACUAAAU